AUGAGCGCGGAGCAGCAGCGGCUCAAGAAGAUGCACUGCGAGGCCGUCACCUUAGCGGAGAUGAAGCAGUGGCUUGGUCUACCGCUGACCACAGCCGCGUCGUCCUCGUCCGCCGCCCCUGCAGCUGCAGCCGUGGCAGCAGCACCCAAGUCGCCGGUGGAAGAGGCGGUCGGCCGCGAUGUAUACGACAUGUAUGGGUUGUCUAUGACGGCGGUAGAUGCGUACCUGUUGCGCUACUUGCGCUCGAAGAAUCUUGUCAUCGAGGACGCUGUGGCGAAGCUGCGCCGCCGUCGUGCCUUUGAACGUACACUACCGAUGAUCAGUGUCACCACUACCACCGUCGCGGCGCUGCGAAGCGGCGCCUUUCAUCUGCUGGACCACGACCUGGAGGGCCGGCCGGUGCUCUACAUCAACGUGGCUACCUUCACACUGCCCACGCUGGAGCUGGAUGAGGCGCAGCGACUGCUUAUCAUUCUCCUGGAGUUCAUGCAAGCUCGGUGUCUGCUAAAGAACAACGAAAAAGUGGCGGCGAUGCAGCGGCGCCGUCGCCAGCACGUUGAUGCCACAGCGGCAGCGAGCAGCUUCGCGAACGGCGGCCGCGAAAACAACGGAGGAGCAGCUGCCCCGGCACAUGGGGCGCAAGACGUGGAUAAGGAGACCGUCAGUGACCUCCAGGAAUUCGCGCUGCUCGUCAACGAAGAAAGGGUGCCGUGGAUGAUGCACGCGUCCUUCCUGAAGAACUACAGCACCCUCCUUAGCAUACUCCCCAAGUACUACCCGCUGUUGCUCGGCUCCGUCUUGGUUCUUGGGGCCUCCCUUGAAAUACGCACAGCCAUCAAGGCGUGCGUCGGCAGCAGCUCUGAGGAUGUGCGGAACUCGGUGCAGAUGAUCGAGAAGGCCGACCUGCCGCGGUACAUGGAUGCGAGCACCAUCCCUGUUGAGCUCGGCGGUCACAAGCAAAUCGUAGGAAGUGCCAUGAACUUUUCGGAGACGGUGCUGCGGCACUGGUUCACGCUUACAUCACAGAUAGAAGACGAGUGUGUCGGCAGCGACGGCGGUAUAGCCGAUUCCAAGGUCCCAACAACCAUCUCGGCAGCCGGAGCGGCCAACGGCCACAGAGAGGAUGGGGGUGGUGCCGAAACCUCGCACUCGCCGCCGCGACCACUGUACGUGCCACCACCGCCGCUGGGCAUGACGCAACGGCACAUCUCCCGUCAGCGGCAUGCAGUCGAGCUGCAGCACCUUAGCAGCAGCGUUGUCGGCACGAUUACGGGGCCCGGCUCGCCAGGGCCCAUGCGGCCUUGCAAGUACGGCGGCAGCUCCGCGCGCAACGGCAAGCAUAGCCUCAUGUCUUCAGCAGCCGCGGCAAACCGCUCCACCGCCGUCACGACGCCGCACGGCACGCCGACUAGCCAGAAGGAUCAGGCUGCGGCGACGGUGACCCUGGGCGCGGGGCGUGCCGAGGACGUCACAGACGACGGCGUCUGCUCGGCGCUCUCUGGCGCCGACGAGCGCGACGACUAUGCCGAGAACGAGGGCGGUGGUGCCGGCAUGCACACUCGUACCAACUCCGGUGUCCCCACGUACCAACUCUACACCGCCGCCUCCUCUUUGGCGGGUAGCUUGGCAGUCGAGGGUGAGAUGCACCUAAGCGGUCUUGGCGCGAGUCACAACCGUCAUCACCAAGGUGCCUCGCUGUACAGUGUCGCAUCCGCUACAAUAUCACGCGAAGAAGCUGCUCACUUUGCCGACCACCCGGACGAUGCGGUCGUGGCUCUGCGGCAGGAGCGUCGGCGACGUCAGCGCGCGGAGCAGGCGUUGUAUUUCCGAGACCUGGGUGUUACGCUGGACAUGCGGAACGCCUCCAUAAUCGAAAAGGAGCUAGCCGCCAUACAUCAGGAUCUCAACGUGUUGGUGGCGGAGAUAUUGGUUAAGGCGGAGGCUGCUAGAAAACGGCAGAAGGCACCACCGACGCUUAAACAACUGCUGGAUCUGACGCUCACCGCCUUCGAGAGCGUCACGUGCACACCGUCAAGUGUGCCCGCCAUGGCGUUAGCGGAGCCGGCGCAACGCGAAGCCGCGAGCUCCAGCUGCUGCAGCUUCAUGUAG